UCACCAAUGCAACUAUGCAAUGUGGGUAUGAAACAUGUUCGCAGUUUCGACAAACGCUCAUUCACAAUGGGGCAACGCGCUGCGCGUAUCAGAUCUCGCCAGGCUGACGCGCAUCUAUUGGCUCUCGGCCCGCUCACUUACAUAGCAUGAGCUAGCCACGCGCGACGGUUUCCCCGGUGAGUCGUCCAACUUAGCGGGCUGUAAACACAACAUCAAAAAACCACCACGACGAUAUUAUCGCAAUCCAUCCCCCCCACGUACAUACUCCCAGAUUACCUCUGCUAUCUCAUCUUCAACUUGAUACGCCUUCCUCAAUCCUCUUUUUGCGACAGUCAAGCCCAUCAGUAUACCCCAAUCCACAAAAAGCAAGCCUGGGAGCACAAAUCACAAAGUCAACAUCGCACACAACAUGGCGCUCUCCAAUGCAAACAACGGCGCGACCAACGUCGCAGCGCGCCUACAAAAAGAACUCAUGGACAUCAUGACAAACCCAACCCCAGGCAUAACCGCCUUUCCUUCCUCCGAGAAUCUCACCAUCUGGACCGCCACCAUCGAAGGCCCCUCAGGCACCCCCUACGAAGCCCUCGUCUUCAAGCUGUCCUUCGAGUUCCCAGCCACCUACCCUUACAGCCCUCCAAACGUCCUCUUCAAGACCCCAAUCUACCACCCCAACGUCGACUUCUCGGGACGCAUCUGCCUGGAUAUCUUGAAAGAUAAGUGGAGCGCUGUGUACAACAUUGGCACCGUGCUGUUGAGUCUGCAGAGUUUGUUGGGAGAGCCUAAUAACUCAAGCCCGCUAAACGGCGAAGCCGCUGAGCUGUGGGAUAAUGAUAUGCUCGAGUACAAGCGCAAGGUUGCUGCUCGCCACAAGACCCCCGAGGAGUUGGAUGCCGCUUGA